AAGCAAGUCCAACAAAUUCUGUCUGCCGUUAAUAGUUCUCAACUGAUGGGACAGAACAGACACAGUGUUGAGUUCACCUCCUCUCCUGAGUCCCAGCUGUGUCAGAGGUGUUCUAAUACCGACCAGUCCUAUACAUCAUUAGACGCCCAAGUGAAAGAGCUCCAAGGACAAAUAGAAUACCUGCAGGCAACCAACAAUGCACAGAAGGAUGCUAUGCAGAAUGCCAAGAUUGCCGAUAAAGACCAGGUGGCGCGGAUAGAGGUACUGGAGAGGCAGCUGGAGGAGGAGCAGAAGAGGAUCUCAGAGCUGAACGAGAGACUCCAGGCAGUCCAGAUGGAGAAGAACAACGCUGCUGGGGACCUUGUGGUGGCCUCUGCUUCGAUAUCCGAGCUGCAGCAGACGUUGCAGGAGAAACAGACUAACAUUGACCGGUUAGAGCAAGCACUGCGAGAUAGUGAAGCCACGAAGCUCGAGGAGGUCAGAAAGAAUUUACAGGAGGUCCUAGACCCGAAGCCGUUAAUCGGGGAUCACCUGAAGAAAAUCCUCAACGUAGUCUACCGCCUGGUCAAACUUCAGUUUGAGCCCCAGAAACACUACGAUGCCGUCUUCAUACAGUCUGUACUUGCCGAGACUAUCAAGGGUGUGACUCUGGAAUAUCUUGAGAAUGGGAACUUGUCACUGAUUGAGGGUCAACAGGAGAGGAUGGUGAAACACAAGUCUCCUCUACAGACCCAGUCUGCUCCAACUGUCUCAUCUGAACAGGAACAAAAUGAAGAGAAGAAUGGCCAACACCAGGAACAAGAAGGACACAGUCCGGUGAAGGAAGAUGUGAAACUCACAGUGGGAGUGAGUACAGGAGCGAGGCCGGAGUUGGUGUACUCGAUGCCUGUGCAGGACAGUGCAGACAGUCUCUACACAGAUUCUGUCAGUACGCAGGAUAACAAUGAGGAAGCGCCCAGUCUGAGUGUGGAGUCGGACCAGAAACCACAAGUCUUAGCAACCGCUUCCACCGGUGACUCCAUUGAUGGUUCUUCAGAUGAUGACAGAAGUGUUGUGAGUGAUAAGCUUCAGUCUGUGCUGAUACACCUCUCCUCCUCUCAGACUAAACUGACCUCUCCCCUCCCCCACCCCCUCACCUGGGCUCUCUUCCCCUCCAACCCUCCCUGGCAGAAGCACCAAGACUGAACUGGAAAUUGACAUGGCGGCCUCAACCUCCCCCUCCCCCCUUGUUUGACGAGGAAGAAAAUGACGAUGAUUGGUUAAAUUCUUGAAUUUAAAAAACUUCCAUACUAUAUUUUUAUCGAAGAGUAUUUAUAUUUCAUACACUAUACAUGAAAGCUUGUGUCAAUAAAGUAUAAUGUGAUAAUAUUAGUCUUACCAAACUAUUGUAAUAAAUAUAAUGUAAUGAGAAUUAUUUAAUUAAAUUUAUAUGAGUGAUUUUAGAAAGUUUUUAUUUGAUUAAAUAUAAAAUUGUAUUGUUUUAA